CACUUGCUUCAUGGCUGGCUCCUGCUGUGACCAUGGGUUGGAUGAGUAGGAGGAGGUGUGGGUGUUGAGAGGGAUGGAGGUGGGAUGUGCUUGAGCCUGCCACUGUCCCUGCUGCAAUAGUUUACUCCCCCACCAUGGAUUGAAGUCCCCCCAAGCCCUCCCCUUGGCCUUUUGACCUGGGAGUUUGGCUCUGAUUGGCAUCAAUAAUACAGCGCAUGCGAUCUUUGAUGAUGGACUGGAACGCGAACGCUUCCUUGCUGUGGGAUUGGGACAACCACGCGCCAUUUGGAGGGAACUGCAAGCUGUCCGCCGCCGCCGCCGGCGGCGCUUCCUCUGGCUCAGAACUGGGGAACGGUUCCUCAUCCAAGAGCACCAUCUCUGCUUCCUUUGAUUCCUCAUCCAAAGCGGGAAAGGAACCGGAGUUUGUCGCGAAUCCAAGGAAUCAUGACAAGAACAGAUUUUUACAGGAGUCUGAUUGUCCCCCAGUUGCGGCGCUGGCCGCUGGAUUGGAGGAAUCACAGAUAGGACUAAAGCUUGGGAAGAGGACCUACUUUGAGGAUGUUUCAGCUGAGAGUAAUGCGAAGAAUCCUUUUUCGUCGUUGGAUUCUGCAUCGGCGGCGACUGCUCUGGCUAAGAAGUCGAGAGUGACUCAUCAGAGUGCACAGAGUACCUUCUGCCAAGUUGAAGGUUGUAAUGUUGAUCUCAGUGAAGCCAAGGACUAUCACCGGAAACACAGGGUCUGUGUAACCCAUUCCAAAUGCCCCAAGGUUCUCGUCGCCGGCCAGGAGCGCAGGUUUUGUCAGCAAUGUAGCAGGUUCCAUGAGUUGUCCGAGUUUGAUCAGAAAAAGCGAAGCUGCCGUAGACGUUUGUCUGAUCAUAAUGCACGACGUCGCAAGCCACGGCCUAACUUAAUCACAUUCAAUUCAACAGAUUUUUCAUCUUCAUUUUAUGAUGAUAGACAUCAUAUGAACUUGCUAUGGAAUAAAACUCUGUUUGGUCACAUGAGAUCCAUGGCAAGCACCACAAUUGAAGGCUCACAAAAUGACAAGCAAACACAAAUGAGAGGCCCAUGGGUGAAAUCAACAAAAGAACUUGGCAUUGAUGAGCAGUUGCCUUUGCCAAACACCCAGCUAUCAAAUGGAUUUUUCACACUUUAUCAUGAUGUGGACAAGCUCUUACCACUCAAAGGCACUGCUGCCGAAGUACUCAAUCAAGGUUCAGAGGCAUCUGCCGGAGCUUCGAACUUCGACGGAGCACCAGAUCUUCGGCGUGCUCUCUCUCUUCUGUCAACCAACGCAUGGGGUUCUCCUGACCCUGGACAACCAUCGUCCAUCGUCGAGUUUCUUGACACUAACCACCACAGCACAGCGGAGCCCAUGAUGCCUACAUUGAACUCCUCAGGUCAAUUUUUUCCCGGACAGUCUCUGGCUCAGCAAGCUCAACUGCUUCCAUUUACCAUGCAUAGAGAUGACAGCCAUCCCCAGGGGGUUCAGCUGCAAAACAGGGACACUCUUUUCGAUCCCCGUCAGAUCCAUUGAUGCUGAGAAGUCAGAUGGCUGAUUUUGGCUGCUGCUACUGCUACUGCUACUGCUGCUAUCCCACCUAUAUUGGUUGGUUCUCAACUGUUGCUUGUCCACAGUAGGCACUGCCAGGUAAUGGUGAAUUCAUGAACAUGAUCUGUGUUAUGAUUCUGAGACUGGCCUCUUUUGUGCCUUCCCAAAAUGUGGUUCUGUGGAAUACUGCAAGGUUCGAGUGUUUCUUACGAGUGUUUCUUA